GUCACGAAUCCAAAAUCGCCAUCUCUCGAUUCACGACGCCGGGUUUUCAUCACAGUUCGAAAGAGGCGGGAAUAUUUCUCUCUUCUAUCUCUGGCUUCGUCGUCAUUUGCAGGGAAGAAAAUGUCUGAUACCAAGGUGGUGGCCUCGGAGUCUUGAUAACCGCACGGCUUGUUCUAAAACCCUAACAUUGGAAGCAGAAAUGAUGGCACCCUCGUACUUGAGAGGCGUCAUUCUUGGGAAACAGAUGGUGAAAAAGGUUCCGACUUUGACACCGGCAAUGCAAAUAAGGCGCUUAAUCUCCUCGGGUCAUAAUUCAUAUGGUCAACAGCCUCCAGAGCCAUUACCCAACAGACCCUUACGAGGGGAAAGACCUCAUCAACCCAAUUCCGACCACUCCUUCCUCAAGCAGUUCAAGCUCCAGAAUCGAAAGGAAACACCCGUGAGGGAGCAGCCACAAAGCCAGCCAUUGCCACCCCCACCUGAAGAUGCCAAUGAGAUAUUCAAGAAGAUGAAGGAAACAGGUCUCAUUCCCAAUGCUGUUUCCAUGCUGGACGGCCUCUGCAAAGACAGCCUUGUCCAUGAAGCCAUGAAGCUUUUCGGGUUGAUACGUGAGAAGGGUACCUUGCCCGAGGUUGUGAUCUACACUGCUGUCGUGGAAGCCUUCUGCAAGGCUCAUAAUUUCGAAGAGGCAAAGAGGAUAUUCAGGAAAAUGCAGAACAAUGGUGUAAACCCGAAUGCCUUCAGCUACACUGUGAUGAUCCAGGGAUUGUACAAAUGCAACAAAGUAGAUGAUGCUGUUGGGUUUUGUGUUGAGAUGCUCGAAGAAGGUCACUCUCCAAAUGUUGCGACUUUCGUGGGAUUGGUUGAGAUGCUGAGCCGAGAGAAGGGUGUCGAAGAGGCCGAGGCUACCGUAGAUAUCUUGAAGCAAAAAGGGUUUGUGGUGAACGCAAAAGCUGUGAAGGAUUUCAUGGAGAAAAAGGCUCCCUUUCCCUCUUUGGCUUUCCAAGCCAUUUUCAAGAAGAAACCAAAUGAAAAGCCUUUCUGAGUGUGUGAUGAAUACUCUGUCUCCAUCAGAGGUUUCUUGACUUUGUAUGGAGGAAAAAAACACAUUUGUUUACCUUUUUAAUCUUUUCCUCUAUUUUUUUGGA